AUGGGUUCCAACGCCUCGGAGAAGCCACAUGCAGUUUGUAUACCAUACCCUGCUCAAGGUCACAUAAACCCAAUGCUAAAAUUAGCUAAAAUCCUUCACUACAGAGGCUUUCAUAUAACCUUUGUCAACACAGAGUACAACCAUGAGCGCCUGCUUAGAUCCCGAGGUCCCAACUCUCUCGAUGGCCUGCCCUCGUUUAGGUUCAAAUCGAUUCCCGAUGGCCUUCCUCCUACUGAUGCCAAUGUCACCCAAGACAUACCUGCCUUAUGUGGUUCCAUUAGAAAUAACUUUUUAGCACCCUUCAGAAGCCUUCUUUCAGAACUCAAUUCUUCGUCAAAUUCCCCUCCUGUUACUUGCAUAAUAUCUGAUUUAGGCACGACCUUCACUCUUGAUGCAACCCAUGAACUUGGCCUUCCAGUAGUCCUCUUCCAGACAGCGAGUGCUUGUACAUUAAUGUGCUACCUUCACCAUGCCCAUCUCAUUGAAAAGGGUAUUGUUCCACUUAAAGAGGCCAGUUAUUUAACAAAUGGCUACUUGGACACUGUAAUAGACUGGUUACCUGGCUUGGGAAGUAUACGUUUGAGGGACAUGCCAACCUUCAUUAGAACCACAGACCCAGAUGAUGUCAUGCUGAGUUUUAUUCUGUAUAUGAUAGAACAAGCUCAAAGAGCGUCUGCUAUCAUUAUUAACACAUUUGAUGCCUUGGAGCAUAAAGUUUUAGAUGCAUUUUCAAGUUUGCUACCACCUGUGUAUUCCAUUGGACCUCUUCAUCAACAACUCAGUCAUAUCCAAGAAGAUGAUGACUCAAAGACUAUCGGGUCAAAUCUUUGGAAAGAAGAACCGGAGUGUCUUGAAUGGCUUGAGUCAAAAGAACCAAAUUCUGUUGUUUAUGUAAACUUUGGAAGUAUCACAGUCAUGACAGAUGAGCAGCUGAUUGAGUUUGCUUGGGGUCUCGCAAAUAGUAACAUGACCUUUUUGUGGGUGAUUAGGCCUGAUCUUGUGGCUGGGAACUCAGCUGUGGUUCCACCCGAGUUUGUAGAAGAGACCAAGGGAAGGAGUUGGUUGGCGAGUUGGUGCCCUCAAGAACAAGUUCUGAAUCAUCCAGCUAUAGGAGGUUUCUUGACACACUGUGGAUGGAACUCUACGGUUGAAAGUCUGUGUGGUGGAGUUCCCAUGAUCUGUUGGCCCUUCUUUGCUGACCAACAAAUAAAUUGUAGGUUCUGUUGCAAAGAGUGGGGUGUAGCCAUGCAGAUAGAGGGUGAUGUUAGAAGGAAUUAUAUAGAAGUCCUUGUGAGAAAAUUAAUGGAAGGACAGGAAGGCAAACAAAUGAGGAAGAAAUCCUUGGAAUGGAAGAAGUUGGCAGAGGAAGCUGUUACUGCACCAAAUGGUUCAUCAUUCUUGAAUUUGAACAAGAUGGUUAACCAGGUGCUUCUUUCUCCUAAAAAUUAGAUUUUAUUAGGGAUCUACAUGGAUAUUUUGUUUUUUUUGGAGGUAUGGGGUGAUGUUCAUUCAUAGAAAUUACAUAGAGAAUCUUGUGAGGAACUUAAUGAAGGGAGAGGAUGGCAAGUAGAUGAGGAAUGAAUGGGAGAAGUUGGCCGAGGAGGCUACCACAGCUCCUGUGGUUCAUCUUUCUUGAACUUGGACAAAAUGGUUAGACAAGUGCCUUUUUCUUAUAAAAAUCAGAUUCGAUUAGAAUCUACUUGCUUGGAUAAUCUAUAUAAUGAUCAUCGUUCUCGUGUAGUGUUGUAAUAAUAAUUAAUAAGCAUGCAAUGGGAAUUUCACUUU